GACUCUAUUCACACCAGCUUGUAUUCGACACGCACUAACUUGUAUCUGCUUAUAUCAUUGCUCGUUAAACGUUAACUGGCACACUGGCACUGAAUCCACUGAUGAUCGCAAAUAAUCGCGCGUAAAUACCGCGCAAUGCCGUGAUUGAUCAGACAAUAUAGAUCUUUUUCGGUUACAUUGGAACUGGGUGAGGGUAAGGUUAGGUAAGACCUGUCGAAUUUAGCCACUUAGUGCAAUCCCAGUACAACCGAAAAAGAACAAACAUAAAUACUGCCAACUGUGUUGCUGCUCCAUACUUGUUAAUGCAUGUAUUAUUUCUUUGCAAUAUAUAACUUGAUGUAGAAAAGAAAUAAAGUGUGUUAUGAAAAAACAGAAUUGUGUAAGACGACAUUAACUUAGUCACGGAUAUAUCAUUUUAAUAUUAUUUUUAUAUUAAAUUAUUACUGUGAAACAUAACCUUCAAGUUCAUUUACAUUUGACUGUACUUAUAUAUACGCAUUCAAAUCUGAGAAAUCAUGGAAGAUAAGAGUACAGAAGGAAACCUUUUGAACAAUGUUCACGUAGACAUCAAAGACGAAUUAUCAAGAAAGAUAUCGCAAAAGUUUAUCAUUAUUUACGAUAUAGACGGCAGUUAAAUAAUAAUAGACUGGAAGAUCCAUCUAACAUUUUCCAUAAUAAUUCAUUAAACAGCGGUUUUGCGUAUGUUGAUGAUGAAGCAGAAGUAAUCCGUAUCACAAACAAUGAAUUAUUGGCUACAAGUUUAGAAAAGGAUUUUGAUGAUAAACUCCAGAUUUAUUUUGAAUUUGAAGAUGAAAGCAAUAUGCAAUUACUUGACUUUUCAAGUGACAACCUAGAAAUAGAUAAUAAGGAAUAUUGGAAAGAAUUAAUGAAUGACAACAAUGAAUAUAAUGACUAUAUUUUUGAUGAUGAUUCAAAUGUAAAUAAGAUAUCUGAUACAGAUACACAAUCUGAUAAUGAAGACGUGGAAAGUUUUAGUCCAGAUUUGCGUGAAUGGGCUCUAUGUAAUAACAUCUCACAUAAAGCAAUAAGUGAACUAUUACAUUUGCUUUUAAAAUAUAUUCCAAAUUGUUUCUUACCCAAAGAUGCCAGAACUUUGUUACAUACACCUCGUACAACAAACUGUGUAAAUAUUGCAGGUGGAGAAUAUUUACAUUUUGGAUUAUUAAAUGUGCUGAAUUUAUUAAUGGAAAAAUAUAUUGAUGCUAAACUUGCUGUUGACAGCAUAACUCUUUCUAUGAAUGUCGAUGGUUUACCAAUUUCAAGGUCUUCAUCUUAUUGUCUUUGGUUAAUUUUAAUAUCUGAUGAAAUUUUUAAAUCCGUCCAUAUGAUAGGAGCAUAUUAUGGAUCAGGUAAACCAACAUCGGCAAACGAUUUCCUUGAACAAUUUAUUUAUGAACUGAAGAUACUUAUAAAAGACGGAUUUAUGUAUAGCACACGUCGUAUAAGUGUAACUCUUUCCACAAUUAUUUGUGAUACUCCUGCAAAAUCAUUUGUUUUGUAUACAAAAAGUCAUACUGGAUUUUCGAGUUGUUCUAAAUGCACUAUUAUAGAAAAAAGUAUAAACAAUACUACAUGCUUCCCUUACACUAAUAAGACUUAUCUCAGAACUGAUGAAGACUUUUUACAACAGACUGAUGAAAAAUACCAUCAAGGAAAGACAUUGUUACUGCAAAUACCGAAUAUUGGCCUGGUGUCAGCAGUUGCACUAGAUUAUAUGCAUCUAGUUUGUUUAGGUGUUACAAAGAAGUUAUUAUUGUUAUGGAUGAAAGGACCAUUGACAGUAAGAAUUGGUAAUACAAACACAAAUCUAAUUUCCCAACGUUUAAUUGCACUGAAAAAUUCGAUACCAAAAGAGAUUUCGAGGAAACCCAGAAGUCUGUCAGAAAUUAAAUAUUGGAAGGCCACUGAAUUCCGACAAUUUCUGUUGUAUACAGGGCCCAUUGUUUUGAAAUCAAUUUUAAAACAGGAAAUAUAUGAACAUUUUCUAACGCUACAUGUUGCCAUCUCCAUACUAAUAUCUCCAACAUUAAUUACAAACAAUGAAAAUAUAAAGUACGCUGAAGAAUUGCUGGUUAACUUCGUGAAAGGUUUUCAAGUUCUGUACAGCAAACAAUUUGUCUCGCACAACGUGCACAAUUUAAUUCAUUUAAGUAAUGAAGUAAGAAGAAAUGGAAUAUUGGAUAACUUUAGUGCCUUUCCAUUCGAAAAUUUUUUGGGAAGUCUGAAGAAACUAAUUAGAAAACCUGAAAAACCUUUGCAACAAUUGGCACGAAGAUACGAUGAACAGCAGUCUGUAAUGUUUCAAGAGCAAUUACUAGUUCCUACGUAUCAAGUGAAACAUGAACAUCAUUACGGGCCCCUUGUACCUGAAUUUCCACAAAAAAUCGGCGAAAAUUUAACAUUGUCAGUAGCAUACAUGAAAAGCCAUGUUCCUCAGCCAUACUACCGAUAUUUGUAG